AUGGAAACCGGCAGCAUCUUCCCGCAGCCCGGCACGCAGCAGCCCCCGGGCAGCGGGGCCAGGAAAGCCCCCGAGGACGAUAGCAGUGGUGGGAAGGGGAGCAUAGACGGUGAUACCACAAGGAACCUCCUGCGGGCAGCGUGGCGCUCGGGGAAGACGCGGCCCAUGGAGUACCGCAUGGCCCAGCUGGAGGCCCUGGGACGUUUCCUGGGUGAGAAGAAGCAGGACAUCCUGGAGGCCACCGCCUUGGACAUGGGCAAGGCCACGCAGCUGGACUCAGCCUUCAUCCGCAAGGAGCCGUACGGGGUGGUGCUCAUCAUCGCACCCUGGAACUACCCCAUUAACCUCCUCCUGGUGCCGCUCAUUGGGGCCAUCGCUGCCGGUAACUGCGUUGUCAUGAAACCCUCCGAGAUCAGCAGAAAUGUGGAGAGGUUAGUGGCUGAGGUACUUCCCAGCUCCCCUCUGUCACAGGACUGCUUUGCCGUGGUGACCGCCGACACGCAGGAGACCACCAGACUGCUGGAGACAAAGUUCGACUACAUCUUCUUCACCGGUACGCAGCCCCUCUGUGGGGUGGCGGCUGCUGCCAAGUACCUGACGCCCGUGACGCUGGAGCUGGGGGGCAAGAACCCCUGCUAUGUGUCCGACUCCUGCAACGUGCAGAACGUGGCCCGGCGGGUGGCCUGGGGACGCUUCUUCAACGCAGGGCAGACCUGCGUGGCACCCGACUACGUGCUGUGCAGCACGGAGAUGCAGGAGAAGCUGCUGCCUGCCCUGCACGAGGCCAUCUCUGAGUUCUACGGCCCCGACCCUCGGGAGUCCCCCGACUUUGCCCGCAUCGUGGGGGACAAGCAGUUUCAGCGGGUGCAGGCGCUGCUGUGCAGCGGGCGGGUGGCCAUCGGAGGACAGACAGACCCAGAGACACGCUACAUCGCCCCCACAGUGCUGGUGGAUGUGCAGCAGGACGACCCCAUCAUGCAGGAGGAGAUCUUUGGGCCCAUCCUGCCCAUCCUCACGGUGGCCAGCGUGGAUGAUGCCAUCGCCUUCAUCAAUGCCCGGGAGCGGCCGCUGGCCCUCUACGUCUUCUCCUCCCGCACCCAGGUGGUGAACCAGGUACUGGAGCAGACGAGCAGCGGAGGCUUCUGUGCCAACGACACCAUCAUGCACAUGACACUCACCUCGCUGCCCUUCGGCGGCAUUG